CGGGGGACAUGCGCACUGCAUGAGACGCUCCUUCUCAACCUAUAACGCCUCCGGGAAAUAAAAUGCUCAUCUCUCCUUUCAUUGGCACCUUGGCAGCUUAUCGAGUCGUUUUUAUAACUUGACCCAUUGGCAAAAACUCGUUCGGUUUCCUGUAAAUGUCAAUCGGUACCAUCUGAGGGAGGAAGGUGGAGGAGAUUCACCCAGAGACCUGUUGAUCGUCUGCUUGCGCUGCGAUGGAGGAGAUGGGCAGAAGACUAUGAUAUCAACCUGAGGAAGGAACAUCAGAAGAACUCUCUCAGGCAAUAAUGGAGAUCAUUGAUGCUCAGUGUGCUUUGGAAGCUGUUGAAAGAUUGCAAGCCAAACUGAAGGAGCGAGGGGAGGCUCCCACUCAGGAGAAACUGUCUGUGCUGAAGACUGUCCUGCAAAGCCCUCUCUUCCUGCACAUACUCAGUUUGCAGAAAACUGAGCCAAAGCCCUCAGUGAAGGGGAAAGGCGUUUCCAAGUCAGUGUCCCUAAACUGUGGUCCAUGUUCGGACUUACCUGUUGGCUUGAAGGCACUCAGCCACAGUGACUCAUACACCUGGGCUGUGGAGAACAGAAGGUCUUUUCACAAGGAUGGCAGCAACUCCUCUCUUGGCUCGCAGGAGCUGUCCUUUUCAGAUAUCUACCCAGAAGACUCUUCUCACUUGGAAUCUCAGUACUGUACUCCUCCUCGUAUCUCUCGCACAAUGUCGAUGGGUAGAAACCUUUCUGCUAUUGCACAUGAGAGGCGUCAUAUUGAGAUAAUAGAGCUGACCAAUGACGGGAAAGGACUUGGUUUUGGCAUCGUAGGAGGACGAAGCACAGGAAUCAUGGUCAAGACAAUCUUACCUGGAGGUGCAGCAGGAAGGGACGGUCGAUUGCGUAGCGGAGAUCAAAUUCUGCGAAUUGGAGAUACAGACCUAGCAGCCAUGAGCAGUGAAGAAGUCGCACAGGUGCUGCGAAAUGCUGGCAACAGGGUGAAACUCCUUAUUGCAAGGGAUGUUACCAAACCCAAUUACCUCUCCUCCCCUGCUCUGAACCAGGACAGCUCAGAUGACAAGCCCAAUGAAUCCAAUAAGGACAAAGAGUUCAGUGUCCAGUUUACUAAAAAUAGCCGGGGCCUUGGCUUCUCUGUCUCAAGCUAUGUAGGAGACCUGAACACAGUCCCCAGUACCGGCGUGAUGGUGAAGAGAAUUGUAAAAGGCAGUUCUGCAGAUCAAGAUGGACAAAUACGCGUUGGAGACAUCCUCCUUUCUGUGGAUGGUGUGAACCUUCACGGCUGGAGUGAACAACGUGCCCUGGAGGUGCUUAAAAAGACCGGUCCUGUGGUCAGACUGAAGCUCCUGAGAAAGGCCAUCCGCCCUGGUCCCAUCCUUCCCUCCGUUCCUCCUCUGCAACCCCUCCGACACUUCCACAGCUUCCAUGAAGGCAGCCCUUACAAAUCAGGACUCGGCAAGAUUCAAGAGACAGGAAUCAGGUCUUUGCGUGAAAUCUCCCGGCGAGCAGCAUAUGCCAGCAGACGACCCCAACACGAUCCUAGAGAGGGUGUGAAACUGGCUCCAGAAGAAGAGGAAAACCUGAGGAAGAGAUGGCAGCAUGCAGUUGGACACAAAUAUGAAGUGAUAGUCUGUCAGCUGGAGAGGUUCAGUGAGACAAGUGGUCUAGGUAUCAGUUUGGAGGCUCGGGUAGGACAUCAUUACCUGUGCUCCAUCUUACCUGAGGGACCAGUUGGCCAAAGUGGCAAAAUCUUUACUGGGGAUGAGAUACUGGAGGUAAAUGGAAUCCCCCUCAUUGGACAGACACAUAAAGAAGUGGUCAGUAUUUUAAAAGAACUGCCAGUGCAAGUAUACCUGGUGUGCUCCCGCAUUGUCCCCCCUUCACUGCAUGACAGUGAUGAAGAAGGAAAUGAUGAAGUCUGCCUCAGUCUCAAAGAGCUACUGGCUGAGUUCAAUGAAAAGCUGGAUCACGGCUGUGUCAUUCCCUGUCCUACAGCUGAAGACAUUACAAAGCGAGGUGUGCCCCCGAUGUCACCUCCUCUGGCUAUGUGGGAGAGAGAAGCCCAAGUCGUCGAGCUGGAAAAAGGCGAGUCGGGACUUGGCUUCAGCAUCCUGGACUACCAGGAUCCAGAGGACGCCUCCAAAACAGUGUUAAUAAUCCGUUCCCUAGUUCCUGGUGGCGUAGCAGAUCAAGAUGGCCGCUUGCUACCUGGCGAUCGACUAAUGUUUGUUAAUGAAACUGACCUAGAGGGCUCCAGUCUGGAUUAUGCCGUGCAUGUGCUCAAGUCUACUGAAUAUGGACCCGUGCGCAUUGGGGUUGCUAAACCCCUGCCGCUGGAAUUGUGUGGUGGCUUGACACCGAUAGCAGAGCGAAGUGCACGGCCUUCGACCGAUGACACCGACAGCCACACUCAGAUCAGCCUGCUAGCUGAGGCCAAUUUCAACUGCACAACUUGGAACACCGACGUUAGCAGCUUUAGUCAGCCGUGUUGCACGGAAAACCAGCUGCGUUAUCGCUGCAGCGCUAUGGAAGAUGAUAGUAGGCAGCAAGCCCCACCUCUGCCCCCUCGCACAAGCUUUGAGAGGACAAUCACUGUAGUCCGGGGCAACCGUAGCCUUGGGAUGUCGGUGAGUGCUAUCAAGGACGGCACAGGCAUUCUGGUCCGGAGCGUGGUCCAGGGGGGCUCUGUUUGCCAGGAUGGCAGGCUGGGGGUGGGGGAUAUCAUCUUGGCCAUAAAUGGAGAACCUGCCUCAAAUCUGACCAGCGCCCAGGCCAGGGCCAUGCUCCGCAGACACUCUGUCAUAGGGCCAGAGAUGAGGAUAACCCACGUUCCAGCUCAUCAGGUGGAUGAGUACCGAACACGUUUAUGUUUGCCCCCUCUGGCAUCCAUCUCAACAGGCAGUCCAUCUUCUUCGCCCACCCUUCCUGCUUCGUCUCCUGAGCCUGCGUCAGGCCCAGUCAGAUCCUUCAGUCCCACGGCUUCAUCAGCGCUCAGAUUGUCUUCCAUCGUCAAAUAUAAAACAACAGCUCCGGAUCUACCUGCAGUCAGGGCCACGGCUUCAUUCAAAGCUUUUAAAGACGCUGCACUAGUCCCCGUCAUCACCCCAGCGUCAGACUCAAGUUGGCAGAUUCCAAAAUCUCUCCAAAUACCUCCAAACAUCAAUGAGAAGGAAAAAGAUGGAGACAUUUUAAAGGAGAGGGAAGACAAAAUAAAAGAAGACAUGAGAGUAAAAAAUCCAGAAGUGAAAAUAAAAGUUGAUGGCAAGGAAGAGGACAAUGAAGAACUUUGUUCCCACGCAGCCUGGUCUUGGGAUAAACCUAGAAGUGUGCAGCUGACUCGAGCACCCAGCCAGUCCCUGGGUAUAAGCAUUAUGGGAGGCAGAGGCAUGGGCCGCAGACUGAGCAGUGGAGAGAUGAUGAGGGGAGUCUUCCUCAAGCACAUCAGCCCUGACAGCCCUGCCGCACUUAAUGGCACCCUCCGGGUUGGAGACAGGAUACUGGAGGUGAGUGGUGUGGACCUGAGAGAUGCCAGCCAUGAACAGGCAGUAGAAGCCAUUCGCAGGACAGGAGACACUGUGGAUCUUCUGGUUCAGUCUGGACUACAUAGAGCACAGUCUCCCAAUGUCAUCAGUUGUGAAAGACUAUCUCCAACACGGCUGUCCAACUCUCACAAUAAGGAGACAGGGACUCUCAGCAGUCGGUUCCUUAGUCUAUCUCCUGCAAACCCCUUCACUCCCACCCCCUUUAAGGCCCCGUCGCCAACAUCCGAUAGAAUGGAUCGAAGAAGCCCCAUAAAUGUCACAACAGCAGCAAAUGCGGCAGCUGAGGACGGAGAUGACACCAGCAGGAAGAAGAUGCUCCAGCGCUAUGGCAGCCUGUCAGGAAAGCUUCAUCUGAUUGAAUUGGAGAAGGACCCUGCAGCCCAUGGUUUGGGAAUUAGACUCGCAGGCAACGACGAGGGCUCCAGGGCGCGAAUGAGUGUCUUUGUGGAAGCAAUAGACCCCCGAGGCCCCGCUGAUUUAGAUGGGAGAAUACAGGUUGGGGAUGAGCUGCUGGAAAUCAAUGGUAAAAUCUUGUAUGGUAGAAGUCAUCAAAAUGCCUCAACGAUCAUCAACAACGCCCCCUCUAAAGUGAAGAUCAUUCUCAUCCGAAAUAAAGCAGAUCAAAUGCCAAAGAUAAUCAAAAAAGAUAGUGAAGACACUGUGGACUCCAAGACAGACGCUGCAGAGGUUGAAUCGCCCGGAAUUGAGCAUAUCUUUCUACCUCAGGAUCAUGUAGGUCUGGGCCUUUGCCUCAGUGAGGACUACUCCAAAGGAGGAGUGGUUGUCAGCUCACUAAUGCAGCACGGCACUGCCAUUAAGGAUGGCAGGAUUCAAGUUGGAGACAGAAUCCUAGCAGUGGGUGAUGAACCUGUAGCUGGACUCUCAGUGGAAAAGGUGUCCAGUUUGAUUCUCAAACACCAGGUCACUGUCAAACUCUCCAUCAGCCGUUCCAAGGCUCCUUUCUCCUCUCCCCCACCGCUCCUUUCAUCACUUCCCCAACCCCCCCACCAUCCUGCUCCUUCAUCUGAACCUCUUCAGGUCUCUGCGUGUUCGUCUACACCUCUGGUUAGAACUCAAACCUCUCCAGCAGAGGGCUCUUAUUGGUCAGGCUCAACUCCUUCAACCUCUGACCCUCAGAGCUGCCCAGUUGUAGCUGGAAGGUUAACCACCAUAGAAAUUUGUAAAGGAAAUUUAGGCCUGGGCCUCAGCAUUGUGGGAGGAUGCGACACCCUCCUGGGGGCAGUAAUAAUCCAUGAAGUGAAUGAUGGUGGAGCAGCGCAAAGAGAUGGACGGCUCCAGGCUGGAGACCAAAUAUUAGAGGUAAAUGACAUAGACCUGCGACAGGCCACACAUGACGAGGCGAUUGCAGUGCUGCGGCUCACCACCCAGCGAGUUCGGCUAAGUGUCUUUAGGCACCAGGAGGCCUACCGGGAGGAGGACCUAUGGGACGUCUUCAAUCUAGUUCUUACUCCCUGUCCUGGAGAAGGCCUAGGAUUCACCACCGUGGGGAAAAGCGAUGACACGGGCAUCUUUGUGUCAGAAAUCAUCAGAGGAGGCGUUGCAGAAUCAGAUGGCAGUUUGCUGCUUGGUGAUCAGAUUCUGUCAAUCGAUGGGGAGGAUGUCCGCGCAGCAUCCCAGGAGCAUGCACAGAAGCUCCUGCAGGAGUGCAAUGAAGAAGUCCAUUUGGAAGUUGCUCGUUUUAAAGCUGGGCUGCAGUACUCCCAGAGGAGUAAGGAAUAUUUUCAGUUGUGUUUUAUCCAGAGCGAGGCCUCUGAAUGCUCAACUGUACCUAGCAAAUGUGAUCCAUCUUUUGUCCACCAGAGGGAGACAGUUAGCAGAACAGGGAGCUGCAAAACUGAGCUCAGAAAAGUAACAAUAGAGAAGGGUCCAUGUGACACCCUUGGUAUCAGCUUAGCUGGAGGAGUGGGCAGUCUCCAUGGCAACACACCUCUUUUUAUUGCUUCUAUGGAUACCAAUGGGCUGGCUGCUAAAACAGAGAAAUUAGAGACAGGAGACAGGAUCAUCAGCAUCAAUGAUGUGUCUACAGAGGGAAUUACUCCUGAGCACGCUGAAGACCUGCUGAAGAACGCAACCGGAACCAUCAGUCUGCUGGUAACAGCUGGUUUCGAAGGGGUCAUUCCACAUGAUCAAUGUGAGGGUCAUAUCAGCACAUCAGAUCAGACAAGUAGCUGCUCUCAUAAUAGCUUCUGUCCACGAGUUUAUAAGACCAUUACACUGGAGAGAGGGUUGUCGGGCCUGGGCUUCAGCAUUGUGGGGGGAUUUGGCAGCCCUCAUGGAGACCUGCCGAUCUACGUCAAAAGUAUUUUCUGCAAGGGGGCAGCCAUUGAGGACGGCAGGUUGAAACGUGGCGAUCAGAUUAUUGCUGUGAAUGGACACUGUCUGGAGGGUGUGACUCAUGCUGAGGCUGUGGAAAUUCUGAAAAAGACAAAAGGGACUGUCGUCCUUACUGUUCUUUCCUGAGCUAACUGUCACUCUUCCAGUUUUCGAAUAGUAUAACUGUAUGAAUAACGCUGUCUUUUGUAGAACUGCUUGAAUCAAAGCUGAGGACCUAAAUAUGGGAAUUUCUAGAAGUCCAAAUGCAUCUUCAACGUCUUAGAGAAUUCUUUCAAGUGUUUAAGCAUGUAGACCCCAUAUAUUGGUCAUAUAACAUGUUUUGAUCACCCAAAAUGACAUACAAUGAUUAGAAAUGGGAAAGGUUGUCAAAGGUUGUCUUAAAUCCUUAAUCUUAAAUACCUAACAAGAUCUAUAUUGUAGAUCUAGCUGAAGAAAAUCACCCCAACUGUAUGAUCCUGCCACCAGCAUUCAAAGGUUCUUGAAAACUAUUUAUCUAUUUUUUCUUCUGGUGUAAAAUUGUGUUUAUCUGUAAAAUGCAUCAAAGUUUUUGACUUAAUGUGAGAAAAUAAUAAUGAAAAAAAAGUUGUAGAACUGUUGAUACUUGUGCAUGGUAACACAUGCAGUACCUAGUCUGGAAAAGGUACCUCUAACAAAACUGCCUCAAAUAAUGUAUUUGUACAGUCAUUUCUCAUUAUACAACUGUAACAUUAAUUUUACUUGAUAGAAAAAAAUCUAAACUUGUUUUUAGUGGCAAUAUUAUAUUUAUGUACAGUCCUACCUAUACAAAGCCUAAGUGUUUUAAUGAUAUGAGGUCGGAGAUAUAAAAAUAACGGAAAACAAAAAGGCCUGUCAGAAAAGAAAAAGCAACCACAAAAAAACAAAACACAUGCAGUAUUCUUACAGUUAAUUGACUCCUGUUCAGUCAAAGGUCACAUUCCAACAUGCACAACAUGCCAAGUGCUUCUGCCAAGGUUUUUUUUAAGGCAAUCGUGUUUUAGGAGACUGUUUUUGUGAAGGCGUGACGUACAUUUUCUUUGCAUUCCUGUAUUUUAUUGUUUUAAAAGCAUAAUGGUUACUUAUUUAGUCAUUGUCUUUCAUAACCUAGUGAUACCUCUAUGAACAUAGUACGUAUGGUGGUUAGAGAAUACAAUAACAAGUCUUUGCAUACUUUUUUUGCACACUAGGACUUAAAGGGAGUAGUUUAUAGUAUAAAGUGCUGUUUUUAUUUAGAAUUUCUUUUUUUUUUUAUUCAUUCUGUAUUCUUAAUGGAAAAUGUAUUCUUUAUGUAUUUUAGGUUUGUUGUUUAAAGAAGCCACAGCACUUAAACCUGUGUGCAUUAUGUAGCAUUCUAUAACAGAAUUGUCUGUAAUAAAAGUGAAUUUGUGA